AUGAAUUCUAAGAGGCAAAGAACGUGCCAGAAAAAUGGUAACGUACAAAACCUUCACAAGAACAUUACUGACAUGCCAGAUGAACUACUGCUUAUGUUGUUUUCGUAUUUUACACCUCAAGAGCUGUAUUGUAUAGCCAGACCAGUGUGCGAGAGGUGGAGUAAAAUAUCUUACACAACGACAUUAUGGGAGAAAAUAAGUGUGGGUGCGGAUGUACCAACUAAUGUUUUGCAGGAGUGGAUCCAAAACGCCUCCAACUUGAAAGUUUUGCAUAUGAAAAAUAGAAAAGACGUCAAUUGCAUAUUGGACGAAAUUUCGAAGAGUUGCUUAGAUAUUGAACAACUGGUUGUGUUAAAUUGUUGGGGAUCGGAGACGUCAAAUGUAAUAAAGAGUGCUGAACUAUGUAAAGUAAUACAGAAAUGUAAAAAGUUAUGGAGUUUCGACUUCCAUGAUGUACUAAUAAGGUCUGUUAAGUUCUACAAGUUAUUGUCAGAAAUUAAGGCCCAAAGACAAAUCUUUUACUGUGGCCCCACUAAUCUCCAACAGAGGAAGUACUUUGCUUAGACGUUUAUUGGGUGGAAAAUAGAAGGAAGUACGAAACUGGCAUAUAUGUAUGGAUAAUUUUUUGGUUAACAUAGCAAGUAUUAUAUAUUAAUCAUUUGUAA